CAAUAAUGGUGCUGCAGCUGCUCCUUACAGCAAUCAAUCUUGUAUUUGUAAUUGUGCAAAUUAUAAUCCUUCUAUUUGGUUUGGUGAUAGUAGGAGUUGGUACUUGGUUAGAGCUGCAAUAUAAAUCACUGAAGGAAGUACUGGACAGCUCAAGAUUGAACUAUGGACCUUAUCUGAUCAUUUGUGUUGGCAUACUGGUCUCAUUAAUUGGAUUAUUUGGUUUUGUGGGAGUUAAUGGGAAAAAUGCAAUCAACAAGUACUCCUUGGGUCUCUACAUCAUUUUGGCAUUUAUAGUGGUCCUGGGUCAAAUGGCAGGAGCAAUGGCCACUUUUGUUUUCCGUGAGCAAGUAGAAUCUAUUGCAAGUGAGGGGCUGAAUGAGACUAUGAAAUACUAUGGAAUGAACAGUGAAGUAGGUACUCUAGUCACUGAUUUUUGGAACAAUUUACAGCAAGAAAAUGGAUGCUGUGGUGUCAAUGGAGCAAGAGAUUGGAUUGGAGAAAUACGUAAUGAUUCAGUUGUAUUUCCUUCCACUUGCUGCAAGAAUACAACAGACAUACUCUGUGGCCGCAAUUCAUCAACUAUUACCAGUGCUUAUGGUGGCGGUUGCUUGAGUUUUGUUACUCAGCAGUUAUCUGAUAAUCUCUUGCAUGCAGGAGCCUUUGGACUGAGUGUUGUUGGUGUGCAGGCUGUAGCAAUAAUAGUUGCUGUUAUAAUCUUGACAUUUACCUCAACAGUUAGUGAAUAUUCAAAAUGAAAUAAUUAUAUACUCAGAAAAAGCUAGUAACAGAAAAUUAGCAAAAUUUAAAUUCAUUUAACUGUAGAAAUCUGUAAUCAUUUGUUAUUUAUUAUUAGAUUGUGUACAUUGUGAGAUUAUAUUAUACUUUAGCUCUUA